AUGGAUCACCAACACAACCGUGCUAAUGCUGCCCCCCCCAUAUCAGCAUCAUCGCCCAAAGAGUUGUCGUCGUCGUCGUCGUCGUCCAGAUCAGCCUCAUCAUCGCAGCAGCAAAACACAGAACACAACCACCACCACCACAACCACAACCACAACCACACGCACACGCAACCUCAGACCUUUGUCUCUCCUGCACCUCAGCAGUCAUUCUCCUCGACCUCGAUCUCCUCGCCCAGGCCCCCCUUCUCGCGCGCUACCUCCUCAAUGAAACGGAAACUCGCAGAGGUAGCUGGUCUCGACGGCCAGCUGCAGCGUCCUCGCUCCCCCCUCGGCCCUUCCAGUAGCAAUAUCCCCGCCUCCACGGCACACGCCUCCCCCCUCCCCCGCCACGGCCAGAUCCCACCGCUCCUGUCAGCCUCCCGCCCCAAGAGCUUCCCCGCCAAUGCCUCCAUCGCCCUCAUCGGCCUGCGUGGCGUCGGCAAGUCUACUAUAGGCGUCAUUGUCUCGUCAACCCUCCGCCGCCGCCUCAUCGACGCCGACAUGCACUUCAUCCAGGUGACGGGCAUGGCCGCCGGCCAGUACGCGACGGCCCACGGCUGGCCCGCCUACCGCACCAAGGAGGCCAACAUCCUCGCCGACAUCCUGCGCGAGUACGACACGGGCGCCGUGAUCGUGUGCUCGAGCGGGUGUGUGGAGAAGCCAGGCUCCCGCGCUCUGCUGCGCGACUGGAUGGAGCGGCACCCCGUCGUGCAUAUCGUCCGCCACGAGAAGGAGGUCGAGGCGUACAUCAGCCCGCAAUCGCCCGGGGCGACACCACCGAUCGCGGCCCUGGGGCAGCAGAUGCAAAUGCAGCUGCGGCUGCCGGGUGGUGCUGGCCCGGUGUCGGCCUCGGCCCAGACGCUGCGGAGACUUGCGGCUAGGAGGGAGCCGAUGUAUACCGUGUGCUCCAAUUUCGAGUUCUACAACAUGUGGGACAAGCAGCAGCUGUCCACGAGCGGAAAGUCCUCGCCGUCGUCCCCGACAUUGAAAAAGGUCGAGCAGGACUUUCUCAGGCUGCUCAACUUUGCCUUUCAGCAGGAGAUGGCGCCCUUGAUUGUGUGGGACCGAAACAGCCCUCACCCGGCCUCUGCCGCCGCGUCGACGGCGCUCGAAGAUAGAUUGUAUACCUAUGCCCUUGUGCUGCCUCCCAGUGCCUCUUUUGGGCCCAUUGAUGGCGGCCGGAUUGAUCUUGACGACCUGGGUGCGACGGUCGAGGCGUUUGACCUCAGGAUCGAUCACUUGCUCCACUCGGGGAUGCCUAUCGGGGCGGACAAGAGGGACAACCCGGCGAAUCUCCGGUUCGUGAGCGAGCAGUUUGCAUACGUUCGGAGGCAGUCACACCUUCCCAUCAUCUACCAUGUGGGCACAGUCAACCAGGACGGAUCGUACCCUGCGCGGCCCGCCGAUGCGAGGAGCGAGGACGACUACUUUAACCUUCUCUAUCACGGACUCCGCUUGGGCGCCGAGUAUCUUGUGGUGGAGCUGCAGUACAGCGACCAGCGAAUCCGCGAACUGGUGGCGUCGAGAGGCGCAACCAAGAUCAUUGGCUCGCACCACGAAAAGUCCGGCGCGGUGGGGGGCUGGGACAGCCCGGAACGCAUGAAGGUCUACGACCGUGCGGCCCAGCUGGGCUGCGACAUUGCCCGGCUAAGCCAGCGGGCCACGGUCCCGGGCGACAAUUUUGCCGCGAUCGCCUUCAGCUGGGAGGUCAAGCGGCGGCGCAACGCCGCGGUCACCGAGCGCAGCCCCGCGCAGCCAAGCCUGCCGCCCCUGAUCGCCUUCAACACGGGCAAGCUGGGGCGCAUGUCGCGCUUCAUGAACCGGGUGCUGUCGCCCGUCACGCACCCGCGGCUGGUCGAGUGCCAGAAGGAGCAGCUGAUCGCCGUGGACGAGGAGGACGCCGUCACGCCGCGGGAGGCGCUGGUGGCGAUCCAUGCGUGCUCGGUGCUGCCACGGAGGCAGUUCUGCAUCUUUGGGUCGGCCAUCACGCACUCGCUCUCGCCCGCGAUGCACAAUGCGGGCUACGCGGUGUACGGCCUGCCGCACAACUACCGCGUCCAGCAGGCGGCGUCGAUCAAUGAGCUGCUGCAUAUUGUGCACGAUCCGAACUUUGGCGGGGCGUCCAUCACGCUGCCGUUCAAGCUCGAGAUCAUCCCGCUGCUGCACAGCAUCUCGGACCAUGCGCGGGCCAUCGGGGCCGUCAACACAAUUGUGCCCAUCGACUCUGCCCGCGGCGAGGGCGCGCACCCGAGCCUGCACGGGGACAACACGGACUGGAUCGGCAUCCGGACGUGCACCCUCCGCUAUCUCACCCCCGUGAACGCCAUCACCGCCCGCACCAGCGCGCUCGUCGUCGGCGCCGGCGGGAUGGCCCGCGCAGCCGUCUACGCCCUGCAGAAGCUCGGCGUCGAGAACAUCUUCAUCUACGGCCGCUCCGUGAACCGCGCCGCCGACCUCGCCCACUACUUCAACUGCCAGUCGCGCAGCAGCAGCAGCAGCAGCCUUGCGGUGCCGCACACCACCAGCCGCAACUCGCCCACCACCAGCGACACGCACAUCCCGUCCGGCGCCAGCAGCCCCACCAACGCCGCAGCCACCACCCCCACCGGCACCGGCACGGGCACCGGCACAAAGAGCACAGUGCGCGUGCUGCCCUCACUCGACAACCGCUGGCCCGAGGACUUCUGGCUGCCCAGCAUCGUGGUCAGCUGCAUCCCCGCGCACAGCAUCCAGGGCGCGCCGCCCGCAAACUUCACGCUCCCCGAGGCGUGGCUGGCGUCCCCCACGGGCGGCGUCUGCGUCGAGGUAUGCAUUUUCCACAUCCUGUUCCUGCCCCGCCCCCGCCCCCGCCCCCGCCCCGGCCGUGCUGAAGAGAGUCUAACGGAGGUGAACCUGCAACAACAGCUCGCGUAUAAGCCGCGCGUCACGCCGCUGCUGCACCAGGUGCGUGCGCUGGCGCACCGCGGGUGGAUCGGCGUCGAUGGGCUCGAGGUGCUGCCGGAGCAGGGGUAUGCGCAGUUUGAGAUGUUUUUGGGGCGCCAGGCGCCGCGGAGGGUGAUGAGGGAGGCGGUGGAGGCCGCGUAUGAGGAGGCGAGGAGGGCGAGUGCUGCCAGUGCGGGGCCGGCGAGCGAGGGGGAGUUGGGGGGCGGGGGGUGGGUGGUGAGGUAG